AAAACUAUCAAUUUCCUCAAUAAAAUCUUAAUUCCAAAUACACAAAAAGUUGAUGAAUCUUACUUGAUUCCAAUAACACAAACCAAAUUAUAUAAUAGUACUAAUAAAUAAAUAUGACCAAAACAGCAUGGUCAUUUUAUAGUGUUGAUUCUAUAUUAAUUAUUUAGUCUGUUAAAACAUUGGAGAAAACUAUAAUUAAUUUAAGUUUUUUUAUUGGGAAAUAUGGUAAAUUUGUUCAAUGUUGAAGCCAUAGAGAGUGCAAAGCCUAUUGUGUUGAUGAUAGUGGUUCAAUCAAUAUAUGCAGUUGUUAAUAUAAUGUUAAAAAUGGUAGCAAAUGAUGGAUCAAGCUUAAGUGUUCUCAUUGUUUAUAGAUUUGUAUUUUCUACUGCUUUCACUGUGCCAUUUGUUUUCUUCUUUGAAAGGAAAAGUGUGCAAAAUUUGACUGGAAAGGUGCUAUUCCAAGCUUUUCUUUGUGGAUUAUUUGGGGGAUCAUUACAACAAAACUUGUAUAUUAAAUCUUUGGCUUUGGUUUCUGCAACAUAUACCAUAACCAUGUUAAACCUCAUUCCUGCCAUUACCUAUGUCCUGGCUGUUUCUCUAAGAAUGGAGAAGCCAAAUCUUGGAACACCGGCUGGGAAAGCGAAGUUGAUGGGAACAUUAAGUGGAAUUGGUGGUGCAAUGAUCCUAACUUUAUAUGAAGGCAAAAGAUUAUUUAACUUAUCAUUGCACAUUGACUUGCUGCAAAAUGUUACAUCAACAACACAUCAUUCCCCUGCUGGUUCUCAUGUUUGGGGACUCAUGCUAGCUUUAGGCACUGCUCUCAGUUUCUCAUUAUGGUUUAUAACACAGUCGAAGAUGAGUCAGAAUUUUCCGUGGCAUUAUUCAAUUGCGGCGUUAACCUCUAUAAUGGGUGCAAUUCAAUCUUUUAUAUAUGCUAUUUGUACUGAGAGAGAUUGGAGCCAGUGGAAGCUGGAUUGGAAUUUGAGACUUUUGACAGCAGCUUCCGCGGGUAUAUUGGCCUCUGGAGUGUGUUUUGUUCUGUUGGCUUGGUGUGUGGGCAUGAAAGGACCCUUGUAUGUGUCUGCUUUUAACCCUCUAAUGCUUGUUCUUGUGGCCUUCAUUUCUUCGUUCGUAUUGAACGAGUACAUUACGGUCGGAAGUCUAACAGGAGCCGCGUUGAUUGUUUGCGGAUUGUACAUGUUAUUAUGGGGUAAAAGCAAAGAAGCAAGAAAAAUGGAUAAUAUGAACGAAAUAGCUUCUGCAAUAGACACUGUAAAAUGUGAUUCAUUUCACAUUGUCAACAACUCGGCUUUAUCUUGCAUACAGAAGGAGCAUGACAAGAAGAUCGCAAAUAUUGCUCCUGAUGUAUCAGCAAAUGUCAAUAACAAUUCUUUAGGCGAAAUCCAAAAAUCGAACAUUUGAAAAUAACUAUGUAUAUGAUCAUGAUCACAUAGUUUUAAUAAGAUACAUCUUUCGCGAAUCAUCAACAUCGCUGCUUUUAUUUCUUUCUUCCUUCGAUGGAUAUUACAGAACUCGGCAGAGAGUUACACCGUCCCCGAUAGAAAGAAUCGUUGACUCAACGCGAGUAUCAUUUGCAAUAUAGUUGUUGAAUUCAAUUGCAAUUUUUCUUUUUCGCUUUGUGAUAUCUUCCAUUUCAUCAUCCUCAGACAUCGCCACGGAACCGGACCAUAAU